CUUCCGCUGCUUCCUCGGGCUCGCUCGGUGUGGCGAAUCUGCCGUUGCGGCACGGUGGCUGGGAGCGGAAGGCCCCACGGGAAGCUUGUGGAAUCUGCUGUGGGAAGAAGGACGCCAGGCUUCUUGGGCAGCCACAGUCAUGGCGGAGACGGCCCACGGUGCUAGGGGCUCCGCGCCUGGGGCGGCGGCUUCCGCCGAAGCCCCGCUGCAGUACAGCCUUCUUCUGCAGUACCUGGUGGGUGACAAGCGUCAGCCCCGGCUCCUGGAGCCUGGGAGCCUGGGCGGGAUCCCGAGUCCGGCCAAGAGUGAGGAGCAGAAGAUGGUCGAGAGAGCGAUGGAAAGCUGCGCCUUCAAGGCGGCGCUGGCCUGCUUGGGAGGAUUUGUCUUGGGAGGUGCAUUUGGGGUGUUCACUGCUGGCAUUGAUACCAAUGUGGGCUUUGACCCUAAGGAUCCUUACCGCACGCCUACGGCAAAAGAAGUUCUUAAAGACAUGGGGCAGAGAGGAAUGUCCUACGCCAAAAAUUUUGCCAUCGUGGGCGCCAUGUUUUCUUGCACUGAGUGUUUGGUAGAAUCUUACCGGGGAAAAUCAGAUUGGAAGAACAGUGUCAUUAGUGGCUGCAUCACUGGAGGAGCCAUUGGUUUCAGAGCUGGCUUAAAGGCUGGGGUCAUUGGUUGUGGAGGUUUUGCUGCUUUCUCUGCUGCGAUCGAUUAUUACCUACGGUGAGAGCAGUUGGCUCCGGGGAAGGAUGAUGCCAGCCCAGGAUCAGAGCUGUUCUGUGUAGGGCAGUUUCUGCACCAUUCCGGGGCACUUGCUUCAGAGACUGAAGACCUUUGUUUUCCCUCACAUAGUUGGUGUCGUGAGGGAGCCGCCUGGCUGCAAUCUGCCACCUCUGAGCAGCCACGCUCUCUGCUCCUGGACUCCAGCCCGGCUGUGGGGGGCUGUGCCGUGCCAGCCUCUCUCUUUCAGGCAGAUCAGGAGUCAGCAUGUUGACCUGCAGGAAUUGAGUCCCGCAGAGGUUCGGUGCUGACCACAAUCGGCCCUCUGGUUGUUUGGUGCCGUGGGAACGGAGGGGCCUUUACAUGCACCCGGCAAGCUGCUCUACCUUUGGACCUCCGUGCCGCCAUCCAUCUCGCACGUUGGGGCGGGGCGAAGUGAAUUUAUGCCAUCCGACCAAGUGUGUCAUUUUGUUUAGUGUUCUGCUUAUCCUUGUUAAAAAACAUAUACAUGUAUAUGUAUUUAUAUU